AUGGGAACUACUUUUCAAGUGCCACGUUCUCUGAAGAUAUUUGGACCGAAGGAACAGUCGCGCAACUACCUCGGUGAUCUUAUUCAUGCUCUUCGGUCGCACGUUCCAUGCACGUAUCUUCUCAAAUCUGAUUCACUGUUUUGUGGUGAGACUGUGCCGUGCUUAAGAAAUGCGGAUCGUAUGUGUCACAUGCAUGGCUGUCACUCUCGAGGAAGAUGUGAAGUGGUGAUUUUACAUCAAUUUCACUUCUUGGAAUUUUGUCCUUUCACAGAUCCCAAGUGCCGAUACGCUUGGAAGCUGAUUUCUCACUGGUACAAGUGUACUAAUGAGUUGUGCUUUAUUUGUAGUCCAUGGGUUAAACCAGACUUGGUGGAUGGGCAGUCAAGAAUCUUUCUGAACGAAAUUUUCGGUGUAGAACCACUUUUCAAGGCGUUUGAUUUCCUAUUCCGAGAGUAUGUCUUUGAGACCAGUGAACCAGUGGUUGAGAACCCUCCAGUUGUCAGCGAAGAUGAAAAGGAGGACAGCAAAAGUACCGACUUCGAAAUCGACAUACGGCCUCCAACUACGUGUGUCAGUCUGGGAGUACAAGCUAGUUUUGGAGCUUUGGAAGUCAGCAAGGUGCCAAUACAGGCAAGUUGUACUGUUUUGUGA